AUGAAGGAGUAUACUGCCGAAGAAUGGCUUCCAUCAGGUUCGGGGUUGGGAGAGAGCCCCUUGUACCGCGCCAGCGAUGACACAUUCUUUUGGGUCGACAUCAAAGCCCAACUCAUCCACGCCAUCCCUGCACAGAAAGGCUGGGAGUCCAAAAGAACCUACCAGUUCGAAGAGUGUAUGACCAGGCUGCACGUCGUCGCGGGGCGGGAGGACGUUUUGGCAGUGCAAACCAAGCGAGGUUUGGCACUGCUCUCGCUGGACUCAGGGGCGCUCAAGCCUCUGGCGGAUAUCAAGCACAAGGAUGCAAGUCUCAACGAUAAGGUGCGGAUGAACGACGGAGGUAUCGAUGCUCGAGGGAGGUGGUGGGCUGGGACCAUGGCUCUUGACGAGGAGACGGCCAUCGGCCGUCUCUGGUGCAUGCACAAGAGUGUCAAAGAGACGGAGGACGCCUCGGUGCUCGAGCUAGACAGUCUCGUGGACACGCCUGUGCCCAACGGGCCGGUGUGGUCUCCCGAUAAUCGGACUAUGUACGUGUGCGAGACGCCGGGCGGGAGGAUCUUCCGGUACGACUACGACCUGGAGCAUGGGACAGCGUCGAACAAAAGCCUGUUCGCGGAGCUGCAAGAAGGCGGUAUGCCGGAUGGGAUGGCGGUAGACGUCGAGGGUCACGUCUGGGUGGCGGCGAACUCGCAGGGCAAGCUCGUGAGACUCAAUCCUGAGGGAGAGGUUGUGGCUGUGUGCGCCGUGCCUGGUGCGAAGAUGACAUCUUGUCCUGCAUUUGGAGGCAAGGACAUGAAGACGUUGUUUGUCACCUCGAUCGCGUCAGAGGGGUCAACUGGUCAUGUAUACCGCAUAGAGGUGGACGUUCCCGGGAUCAGGCGACACGAGUUUCAGGCAUGA